AUGCCCGACAGCAAGUCGGCGACAGUCGUCUCGUACGCCGCCGGGGCUUCCCUCGCUGCUGUUGCCCUCAUCUACGUCUUUGGGCCGACGUUUGCCAUCGAUCAUGAUUCGGCCGCCAGCUCGCGCCGGAAAACGAUCGUCGGGUUGCGGAACCAGGCCAACGACUGCUUCAUCAACUCGGUCCUCCAGGUCCUCGCAGGUCUCGGCAAUCUUCGCGUCUACCUGAUCCGCGAAACCCACCGACGCCGCAUCGAGGACCCGGCCGUCUACUCCAACCUCGUCCAGCCCGACGGCGGCGCGAGGCUCGAACGGUGGAGACUCGAGGGCCUGCAAGAGGGCAUUGUCACCCGCGGGCUGAAGGAGAUGCUGGAUGCGCUUAACGAGCGGCCCAUCGCUAGGAAGGCCAUCUCCCCCUUUCCUUUCGUACACGUCCUCGAGGUCGCCUUCAAGCAGCGGAUAAGCAGGCAGCAGCAGGACGCCCAGGAGUUCCUGCAGAUUGUCGCCGAACGACUCAAGGACGAGUACCACGCCGGCCAGCGCGCUCGAUAUCACGCUCGCACCCGCGGUUUUCCCUCUCGGCCGGCAACCGAUGGCGACGAGUCGCAAGACGAAAAGGUUCCCGAGCUCCUCACCAACGGCCUAUGCGAUGCCGACGCCGAGCCCGACGUCGAUGGCGUCCCGAUACACCUCGAGCUGGAGGAGGGCUUCCCCAUGGAAGGCCGAUACGAAUCCCACUUGGUCUGCCAGACGUGCAAGUACAAGACGAAGCCCCGAGAGGAGACCUUUUGCACCAUCACCCUGGCGGUGCCUCAUGCCUCGUCGACGUCGCUCGGCGCUUGCUUCGACGGCAUCUUCAAGACCGAGUACAUCGACGACUUCAAAUGCGAAAUGUGCCGCCUCGUCCAGACAAAGACGAACCUGGAGCACGAGCUCGCGCGGUCCACCUCGGACGCCUUCAAGGAGCAGGCUCGGGAAAGCAUCGAGAAGCUCCGGCGGGCCAUGGAGAUGGAUCCUGAAAACCCGCCCCAAGGCGUCGAGCUGGGCGACAUGCGCUACGCACCGAGGCGCAGGAUCGCCAAGACGACACGCAUGACCCUCUUUCCCAAGAUCCUGGCCAUUCACCUGUCGCGGUCCAUCUACGGCGUCGGCCAGAUGACGCAGAAGAACUCGGCCAAGGUGUCCUUUCCCGAACAGCUGCCGCUGGGAGGGCUCGCCGACCAGCACAGGUACAAGCUUCUCGGCAUCAUCACCCACAGGGGCGGCCACAACAGCGGUCACUACGAGGCCUUUCGGCGGCAGAACCCACCGUCGCACUUUCACAACACAAACACCUUCCAGCCGUCGGGCGUCUACAGCCGGACGCCGACGCCCAUGUCGACGCCCGAGAUUGUCGCCCGUCAGGCGGCGAGCCCAGCCAUGUCGACGCCGGACCUGCUGUCGCCCUCGCCAUCGCCCUCGCCGGCGACCAACCUGUCGACGCCGUCGCUCGAUUCGCUCACGGCGGCACCGCGUAGCAUCCCGCGUUCGCCGAGGGAUGGCGACGUCGAUGCGAGCAGCCUCCGCUCCGUCGCCGCCGGCACCAAGUCGACCCUCUCGAGGCUGGUGUCGUCAAAGCUGACGCCCGACGGUGCCUCGUCUCCGGCCGGCGCCCUCGCCAACAUGCAGCCGGACACGGCCAGGGCCAAGCAGGCGAUGAAGCGGAAGAGGCCGGCUGCUGAAAAGUGGUGGCGCGUCAGCGACGAAAAGGUACGCGAGGCCAAGACGAGCGAGGUUUUGAGCAUGGAGAGAGAGGUCUACCUGUUGUUCUACGAGCUGGACACAGGCGCGUAG